UGGCAGAAGUUCUGCAGGAAGGUGCAAACUUAAUUUGAUCAAUUUCGACCAAUAUGGAGAGCUUUCGUGUAUGGCUUGUUGUAGGAAUGGUCAGUCUUUCGCUUGAACAUGUUGCUGAGGGAGCAGUAGACACGGGGACUAUUUUCUUCCGUUGUUAUAAGGGUGCCUCGUUUAACGAUGUUAACAUCAAACAAAUAGGCAAUCUGAUUCCUCAAUUGAAUUUGCGCGAGCAGACAGUGUUUCACAUUCAUGGCUACACAGAGAAUGUGGAACGUGAAAGUGUCACAAUAAUAGUACGAGCUUAUCUCAAUUAUACGACGAAAAACAUAAUCGCAAUUGACUACAGACACAUUGCAGACAAUAAUAAUUACAUCGCCGACGUGGUGCUAGUUAAUGAAGUUGGUAGUGCUAUUGCCAAUGCACUGAAUACACUGGUAGCGACGGGCUUGAAUCCCAAUGGUAUUCACAUAAUUGGGCAUUCCUUAGGUGGCCAACUUGCUGCAUCCGUAGGAUCGCAUACAAAUUUCAUUGUUCCUAGAAUAACAGGUUUGGAUCCUGCUGGUCCUUUAUACUACACUGGUAGGUACUUAAAGGCCGGCGAUGCUGCAUUUGUCGACAUCAUACAUACUGAUGCAGGUGUCCUCGGUCAAAUUUAUAACAGUGGCGACGUGGAUUUCCUCCCUAACGCAGGCCACAGGCCACAGCCUGGCUGUUCUAUUCUGGCUACCUUACAGGACCCUGAUGCACUUUGCAGUCAUCAUAGAUCUUGGAGGUACUAUGCAGAAUCGGUCGGUAAUCCUCAUGGAUUCUUAGCUGACCCAUGCCUCAAUGUUGGCCUGCUACUAUGUGACCGGUCAAAUGUAGUUCCUAUGGGAUACGCUACGCCAUCUAAUGCCAGGGGCAAGUAUUAUCUCUAUACAAAUUCUCACUACCCGUUCGACUUAGGAUUGAACGGACUAGCACAGUUCCUACCUAAAUAAGAAUAUACUGAAUUUUGUAAAAGGUAUGUAUACUUUACAACUUGUAUUUCAAUCAAUAAAGUGAAGAGCUAAACUAAAGGAA